GUCAUUCUAAGAGACAUGAAUUUGAAAUUUGAAAUGAAGGGUAGUGUCAAUGGACAUUACUUUGAGAUCGAAGGUGAAGGAGAAGGAAAGCCUUACGAGGAUGAAGCUCUACGAUCACAGUGGCUGGCAAAGAUCUCACGAGCGGAUCUGGUCGUUUCGAAAAACUCCAGGCUGUGCUCAGAACAUUUUACACCUGACUGCUACGAACGAGACUUGAAAGCAGAAAUUCUUGGUUUGAAACCCAGAUCUACGCUAAAACCAGGUGCAAUACCCACGGUUUUUUCGCAUCGGAGACCAUCAAAAAGACCUCGACUUUCAUCGGAGAAACGUUCAGAAGAGAAAGUCAGAAAAGAAUAUAUAGCCUCUAUCACUGCACAACCUAGUUGUGGAAUCGAAGAACAUGCAGCUUCAGCUUUAGAACAGCCUGCACCUGUUGAUGUAGUGAAUUGUGGAGCAAGUACAUCAACCUCAGACAGCCCAUCAUAUCCAUUCCCACAUGAUUUAGGGCCUAAAAGCACGUUGGUUGAGUCACAAGCAGUGCAGGUGAAUUUGCCAAACAAGGGUGUGGAUUUUGGGAUCCAAGUCAAUCUUCGUGGUCUCCAUUUAAUGAUGAAAUCUACUGACACCCAAGUCGAGGUUGAUGUUUCAGAAAGCAGCACCCAGACUGAAGAGGUAUUCCUUCCUGAAAUUGAAGAUAACAAGGGAGAAGCAACUGAAGCUGCUGCUUCCCCAGAAGUCUCUCCAAGAAAAGAUGGCAUCUACCUUCCCACAAAACAGGAAGAUUCAGAUGAUUCGAACUUGUCAGGAUCAGACAACGAACACCAAGGGGAAACAAAAUGCGAAAAGCCACAGGAUGAUACCAAAUACAUUGUAUUUAAACAAGAGCUAUUUAAAUUGUUUAAGUACUGUCCUGAGUGUGGUGCAGUUGUGAUUAAGAGGAACCAAUCCACACAAGGAAGCCAACUAUUUGUCACCCUAGAAUGUAUGAAUAAUCAUAAGUACUCCUGGCAAAGCCAGCCAAUGCUUGAGGGGAUGGCAGCUGGAAAUUUGUUGCUGUCAUCAUCUAUUUUGCUCAGUGGCUCUACCUUUACAAAAGUAGCAUCUUUGGCAGAUAUCUUAAAUUUGAAAAUUUUCAGUGAGAAAACAUUUUAUAAUAUUCAAAACAAGUACUUAUUACCCGUAAUCAAUGAGUUCUGGCUUAAAGAACAAAAUUCCACUUUUUCUGAGGUAGGGGGGCGAGAUCUGUGGCUUUCAGGGGAUGGGCGUUGUGACAGUCCUGGCCAUAAUGCAAAAUAUGGGACAUAUACCAUGAUUGAUCAGAAAACUGAUAAGAUUGUUGACUUCAAGGUUGUUCAGGUCAGUGAAGUAAAUAAUAGCAAUGCCAUGGAAAGAGAGGGUUUUAAACGCUGUAUGGAAAACAUCUAUGAAAAAGGGGGGAAAAUUAUGGUUGUUGCAACUGACCGUCAUGUGGGCAUUAGGGCUGACAUGAAAAGAAAUUUCCCUGAAGUUGAUCAUCAAUUUGAUGUGUGGCACCUUUCCAAGAGUAUAACUAAAAAGUUAACUGAAAAAGCAAAGAAGAGAGAAUGUGCUGAUCUCUCUCUCUGGAUCAGAUCCAUCUCAAACCACCUUUGGUGGUGUGCCAAAACAUGUGGGGGAGACAAGGAGAUGUUGAGAGAGAAGUGGAUAUCCAUUGUCUAUCACACUGCCAAUAUCCACUCCUGGGAUUCAGCUGACCUGUAUGAGGAAUGUGCCCACCAACCAAUCCCUCCAGCUAUCGCAAGAACUAAAAGGUGGCUUAGGCCUGGCUCCUCUGCUCAUAAUGCAUUGAAGGAGGUUGUAUUCGAUAAAAAUCUGUUGAAGGACAUUCAGCAACUAACACUAAGUUGUCAUACUGGCAAUUUAGAGGUGUACCAUAGUGUGCAGACCAAAUAUGCACCCAAACGGCAGCACUUCUCUUAUAAUGGCAUGGUUGCUCGAACUCAGUUGGCAGCCCUAGACCAUAAUGCCAACACUGGUAGACAACAAGCCACUGUAUCCAGGGGUGCCAACCAAGGGGAGCUGCAAUACAAGGUAGUGUUUCCGAAAAAUACAAAAGAAUGGGUGGCGAAGCCCAUAUUUGAGAAGACAACCAAUUAUCAUCUCAAGCCAAUGCUUAAUGCCAUUGUAGAGAGAAAAUGCUUAAAACCACAAGAGAGGAGUGCAACAGUCACAGCACCACACAUUCCUGAAAACAUUGCCAGCAAACCCCGGCCUCCUAAAGCAGAUGUCAUUGCUAAUCAUACUUCGAGAUUUUCGAAUAAUUAAAUACAACAACUUUGUCAAUAACACAAUCAAAUGAAAAUAAAAGCAAUCAUCGUAGCAAAAAGCAAUCAAAGUUAGGUUUGAGGUUUAUUUCAUUCAGGCCACGCAGCUAUCCCUGGCAAUGUGGAUAAUUUAAUAACUGCAGUAGGGAUGACAUUCGUUUGGCUCUGCAUGGCUUUUGACUGAAUCACUAUGCAGAAAUGUGUUAGUAAUUCAUAUCCUCGAUAAGUAAUUGUAUAUUUCACGCAAAUUUUAGAAAGAAACCGUAA